GGGGGCUCGUAACGCUCCGGCUCGAGGUUUGAAAUUGUUACAGUGUCAGAGCGGCCGGCGGCGAGAGCGGGGCCCGGAGCCAGCGGGGCGCGGCGCGGGGCGAGGGCAGCGCAGGAGCCGGGCAGGGUUCGGGAGCCGCGGGCAGGGGCAGGAUCAUGAGCGCGGUGGCCGGGAAGGGGGCGAAGCCGCCGGGCGCGGCGGAGCCCGGGAAGGCGGCCGGGGCCGGGGCCGGGGCCGGGGCCGGGGCGGCGGCCAAGGAGAUCCCCAAGGUGCUGGUGGAUCCCCGCACCCGCCGGAGCUACAUGCGCGGGCGCUUCCUGGGCAAGGGCGGCUUCGCCAAGUGCUACGAGAUCACGGAGCUGGAGAGCCAGGAGGUGUUCGCGGGCAAGAUCGUGCCCAAGUCGCUGCUGGUGAAGCCGCACCAGAAGGAGAAGAUGUCCAUGGAGAUCUCCAUCCACCGCAGCCUGGCGCACCGCCACGUGGUCGGCUUCCAGGGCUUCUUCGAGGACAGCGACUUCGUCUUCGUGGUGCUGGAGCUCUGCCGCCGGAGGUCCCUGCUGGAGCUGCAUAAGCGGAGGAAAGCAUUGACCGAGCCCGAAGCUCGGUACUAUCUGCGGCAAACAAUCCUGGGCUGCCAGUAUCUGCACGGCAACCGGGUCAUCCACAGGGACCUCAAGCUGGGCAACCUCUUCCUCAACGAUGACAUGGAGGUGAAAAUAGGUGACUUUGGCUUGGCAACCAAAGUAGAAUAUGAUGGUGAGCGUAAGAAGACCCUGUGUGGGACACCAAACUAUAUAGCUCCUGAAGUGCUGGGCAAGAAGGGACACAGCUUUGAAGUGGACAUUUGGUCCAUCGGCUGCAUUAUGUACACUCUCCUGGUAGGGAAGCCACCCUUUGAAACCUCCUGUCUAAAAGAAACAUACAUCCGAAUUAAGAAGAAUGAGUAUAACAUCCCCAAGCACAUCAACCCCGUAGCUGCUAAUCUCAUCCAGAAGAUGCUGAGAUCUGACCCCGCCACCCGCCCUACUAUUGACGAACUGUUGAAUGAUGAGUUCUUCACAUCAGGUUACAUCCCCACCCGAUUGCCCACCACCUGUCUAACCAUCCCGCCUAGGUUUUCAAUUGCCCCCAGUGGAUUUGACCCGAGUGGACGGAAACCUCUUACCGCUCUCAACAAAGGCCUGGACAGCCCUGCCUUAGAUAAAACCCACGAAAAGGAAGAUGAAGCAGCACUGCGGGAGCUGGGAGAGCCUGUCGACUGCCACCUAGCUGACAUGUUACAGCAGCUGAGCGUGGCCAACGCAGCAAAACCCUCUGAGAGGGCAGUCGUGAGACAAGAGGAGGCUGAAGAUCCUGCCUGCAUACCCAUCUUCUGGGUUAGCAAAUGGGUGGACUACUCGGACAAGUACGGAUUAGGCUACCAGCUGUGCGAUAACAGUGUUGGGGUUCUCUUCAAUGACUCGACCCGUCUCAUUAUGUACAACGAUGGGGACAGCCUACAGUACAUUGAGCAAAACAGCACCGAGUCCUACUUCACUGUGAGAUCCUACCCCUCUACGUUGACUAAGAAGAUAACACUACUGAAAUACUUCCGGAAUUACAUGAGUGAGCACCUGCUAAAGGCUGGAGCCAACAUCACGCCCCGGGAGGGGGAUGAGCUGGCACGCCUCCCAUACCUCCGCACGUGGUUCCGGACUCGCAGUGCCAUCAUCCUGCACCUGAGCAACGGCACUGUGCAGAUCAACUUCUUCCAGGACCACACUAAAAUCAUCCUAUGCCCCUUGAUGGCUGCAGUUACGUACAUCGAUGAGAAACGGGACUUCCGCACAUACAAGCUGAGCCUGAUCGAGGAGCAUGGCUGCUGCAAGGAGUUGGCCAGCCGGCUACGCUACGCCCGCACCAUGGUGGAGAAGCUGCUCAGCUCCAAGUCUGGCUCUGCCCGUGUGAAGCCCUCUGCUUAGAACCCGGCUGUAAUGGACUGUCCGUGCCAAACUGUUACAGCCUCGGAUGGAGGGGCCUCUGCAACACCCUCCUGUCAAACUGUAACCUCCCACCAGCUGGGCCACCUCGCUGCUGCCACAUGCUGUCAGCUGCAUGGGAGCCACAGGAGGGACCACUGCUGAGGAACUGGUGCAUCUUUAUGCAGUGGCUAGACUGGCCGCUCAACACCCAUUAGGAAGUUGAUUUUAUUGAAUAUCUAGUUUUUCUAACUGUCAAAUCCCCCCAGCCCUUGAGUUGUUUCCAUGGCCUUGACACAGCCUCCUGUGGAGAACAGAGCAUGGGCGGGGCAGCGUUCUGUAAGUUAUUUGUAUGUUUGUGAUGCUCUGGGGCUCCCUUCCCCCUCCUGUAGGGACUGUAAGAUAUUUAAUAUGCUCACAUGCUGAGUCUGAGCAAUCAGCCUUUUAAUAUUGAAACUAAUCUGCACCAAAUUAAACUCUUGUAUAUUACA